UUCUCUCGUCUCUCUACGUGUAUAACGAUCGUUGUUGGGCUCAGAUUCGGUUCAGACAGAGUUUUGGGUGAAAACGAUGACGAGGACGAUGAAAGUGUCACUGUGGCUUCUGUUGCUCGGCCUCGCUGUGACCUACACUGCUGCUGCUGGACCGGGCAGCUGUGUGGGUCGCUGUGGCGAGGUUUUCACCAGAGGACAGCAGUGCACCUGCGACUUCAGCUGCCUGCGACAUAAUGAGUGCUGCCUCGACUUUCAGGCUACUUGCACCACUGCUCAGUCCUGUCAGGGUCGCUGUGGGGAGACGUUCAGCCGCGGUCGGCGUUGUGAGUGUGAUCCACAGUGCAGCCAUUACAACACCUGUUGUCCUGACUACCAGCUACACUGCGACGCCAGCGUGACAGUUUCACACACCAGGACUUUCCAGCCUCUAAAGGCGGCAGCUUCAGGAAAUCGGAAAUCAGAGCGGAGUGGGACGAACUCCAACAGUGAGAGCGAGGAAUGGUACACAGGUGUGAGUAACCCUUCCUCUCAUAGUGGAGUUCCAGACUCACCAGCACCUGGCUCCUCUCUGUCCAGCAACAGUGCUCCGUCUCUGGCCAGAGGUGCUCCUGUCAGUCCCUCUGGUCCUGUCCACCCGCUGCUGUCACCUGGGGGAGUGGCUCCAUCUGGACCAAGUCAAGGUCUCAGUGGCCCAGCAGGCUCCAGGCCCAGCACCUUGCAGGAAGUAGCCCAGGCCUUAGGUCUCUCUGUGGUGGAAGGAGGUUCAGAGGGACCAGGGACAGGACUCCUUGCUGAUGUCAACCUAUGCAGUGAUUCUCCCAUCGAUGGACUGACUGCUCUUAGCAACGGGACCAUACUGAUAUUUAAAGGUGAGCUGCUCUGGUCAGUGGACCCUGUCAGUCGCUCAGUUGGUCGUCCACAGAGCAUCACAGACACUCUGGGUGUCUCCUCUCCCAUCGAUACCGUCUUCACACGCUGCAACUGUCACGGAAACACCUACAUCAUCAAGGGAGAGCAGUACUGGCGUCUAGAUAGGAACAUGGUGAUGGAGCCGGGCUUCCCCAAACCUCUGGCCUCUGAGUUCCCAGGUCUGACAGGAAGCAUCAGCACUGCGCUGGCAGUGCCAGCCACCAGGAGCAGAGCAGAGGCUGUAUACUUCUUUAAGAACGGAGACACCAUGCAGAGGUUCUUCUUCCCACAGGGCAGCACUCCGUCCUGCAGCAAGAAACCAAGCAACUCCCCAAAGAAACGUUUCACUCACCAGGCUGUUCUUUUAGGUGGAGCGAUCAACGUCAAAGUGUCUCUGAAGGGAUUCCCCACCCCGGUCACCUCUGCCCUAUCCAUGCCCAGCCCUGUGAGGAGUGACCUGUACGAGCUCUACAUCUUCUCUGGACCUCUCUUCUUCAGCAUCCGCAUUUCAGGUGACCUGCCUGUGCUGAUCAAACCUCCCCCAUCAUCAGCCCUCCGACCCCUCCCCAUCAUCAGCACUGCUGCUGCGGCUACCAACUUCGCCAACAUGGCCGCUCAAAAUGCUAACCCCCCCCCCCCCAGCCAACUCUAUCAGAGUUUGGCUGAGCUGUCCCUAAGAACAUCCUGACGAGGAGACAGAGGCCCUGCUCUGGUAUAUCAGGACAACUAAUUCUACUUAGUAAACAAGUCUUCUGCACAGAAUGUAACAACUUACUAUAUUCAUAUACAUUCAUAUUAUAAUUUUGAAUUCCCAGAAGUACAUUUUUCAUACAAUGUCAACUAAAUACCAUCACAAAUUUAAACAGCUCCACCCUUUUUUUCUAGUGAUCAACCAAUUGAUUAAUCGACUAAUUGUUUCAGCGCUAAUUGUGUCAAACUCCAUCCCAGGUCACUUUUUUUAUGUCAAAAUAUGGAAGUAAGACAGUGAAAAUGCCACAUCCUGGUCAUUUAAAAGCCCUAAGCAUCUUAGGUCAUCAAAUCAUCAAUCAUCAAAUCAUCGCUGAUUAAAAACACAUAACGCUGCUUCUCAUUAUUCAUCUUUAUUAUUAAAACGUGUAUUGACAGCCUAAAGACAGAGCAAAAUGAAGAUACUAACAAAAUGACAAUGCUGUCAUGAAUACACACAACUAAAAACGCACUGGACUUCACAAUGUGAGCGUACAUUUCUCAGAGGAAGGACCGUGCACGUACAAAGCUCUAUGUCUUGUGUAAUAGUGUGAUUAUUGGAUUGGACAGAAGAUUCAUUGAGAAAACUGAAUGUCUCAAAA